AAUGCAAUCCAAUCAAUCGAUUGAAUGAGGGAACCGCCUUAUGAUGAUGACGUAGGGCCUCAGGUAACUUUGGUCUAACAGUUAGAAGAACUUUUUACCACCAGUUAGAGUCCGGACUGAAACAUCUGAAAGUGUGAUUUAACCAGUCUGGUGCAGCGUGGUCCUGGUCCUGGUCCAGGUCCUGGUCCGGGUCCGGGUCAGGGACUGGGCUGGUCCGGUCCAAAACCAGUUCACCUCAAUCCUGAACCCAAACACGUGACAGAAAUCACCCGACAGUAAUCUGACAGUAAACACAGCAGCUGAGAUUUCAGGCUCCAGUAAACGCCUCAUUACUGAUGCCCGUGAUAACCGCGCACAUGUUGCGUUCACGUGUUGAUUGAGGUGUUGCAGAGACGUCACACUAUUAAAAGAGGUUCAUUUGAAGAAUUAUAUGAAUGUACAGAACUGAAUAAAUUACAAUAACAGUAAUUACAGUAAUUCAUAUCGAGAGGAAAGAUCAGAAAAAUAGAAAUAUAUAUAUUUCUGUGACUGAAGAUUCCUAUUGAAGCAAACAUAUUUCCUGUUAAUAUCCUGCAGGAUUCUACUGUUGUCUUUUAUUUUCCCACGAUACAGACGAUCAUGACUUCCUGUAACUUACUUCUGUUUUAUCGUGUUUGUUUUUCUUUUUGUUUCUUUCUGUGAAACACUUUGUCAUUUUCUUAAGAAAAGUGCUAUAUGAAUAAAAUGUGUUAUUAUUAUUAAUGUUAUUAUUAUAACUAUUAUUAGUAUAUAUUAGUAGUCGUAAUAAUAAUAUCACAGACCUCGUGAGCUGAUGUCAAAUAGACGGUGCUCCUUUGUUAAGUUGUCAUUUAUUUUAAUUGGAGUUUAUAUGUAAAAUAAUACAGAAAAAAGUCAAUCAUUGUUUGUUUACGGAUAAAAUAAUAAAUCAAUUCAAUAUAUAAAGAAAAUUCUCUUCAAUCACUUUUUAAAUAUAAAUAAAUUUCCCAAAUCAACGUUUAUUCAUGUGCGCGUGUAUCAUGGAGUCAGGGCCCCGCCCCUCGCCUUGUUGCCGUAGUAACGGGACAACACCGCACCGACGGACAUUGUUUAUCUGCUGAGUUCGUGAUGGACAGACCGAGGUUCUUCACUCCCGCCGAGGUGGCCGCUCACAACACCGCUGCCGACCUGUGGGUGUCAUUUCUGGGCAAAGUGUGCGACCUGACCCCCCUGAUGAGCCGGUACCAAGGUGAUGCUCUGCUGUUACCCAUCAUGGAGUGUGCAGGGAAGGACAUCAGCUGCUGGUUCGACCCCGACACUGAAGACGUCCUGAAAUAUGUGGAUCCAGUGACCAACUGUGUGAGGUACUACACCCCCAGGGGGCGCUUCGUGCACGUCCCCCCCGCCGGCCCUCGCUCCGACUGGGCCAGCGACAUCGGUCCUCCGUGGUGGAGGGAUCAACGCUACGAGGUGGGGCAGCUGUCGGCUAAAACCAGGUGGAUCCGAGUCGUCAACACGCUGACCUCGCAGGAGCAGCGGCUGCAGGUGUGUUCGGAGGAGACUCUGGCUGAGAUCCUCCAGCGUUACCUGCGCUACAACUCUCACGCCUGCAGCUACACCUGGAAACACGGCGGAGCGACUCUGGACAUGAGCAGGACGCUCGGCGAGAACGACGUCCCCGACGACGACCACGAGCUCCAACAGCUGCGCCUGGACCGAGACCUCUUCACCCCCGCCAUCCUCCUCCACUUCAACGAUGACCUCACCGAGGGAUGACCUCUGACAUCAUCACCUGAGGGCGGGAUGAGUGCGGGGAUUUACCAUAUCAUUAUAACCAGUUCAUUAAAUGUUCAUGAGGAAUGUUUAUGACUCGUUUAUUUAAUCUUUAUUCUCAGUCGCAGGUUUUAACAUGAAUCUGAAAGUUGUCUGAUGUUUCAUCCACCAGUUUUCUACACAAACACCUGAACAGGUCAGAGCAGCUUCACGUCAACAUGACGACCAUGUGCUGUGGUGUCUGUCACCUGAUCAGUCCAGUGUUUCCUCUCUGUGUUUGGGCUCCAGCAGCUGCUCCACUGGACUGAGUCUAAAUCUCUGUGAAGCCGAGAGCAGCUGCAGGAUCAGCUGAUGAUUCUCUGAAGGGCUGAUGUCACUUCCUCUGGAGAAUCACAUCCUGUUAGCAGCUGCAGUGUCGACUGAUCAGAUCACUGAUGUCACUAAGAAAAAUAAGGCACCAGAAGCUCGGACAAACAUGAAGCAUCAGUUCAUCAGAAGCUGCAGUUCCUCUAACGACCACUAGAGUCUGGCUCCAGCAGUGAGUCAGUCCCCAUAGACUCCCAUGUUAAAAUGUCCAACUUUACAGCAGAAAUAAACAUGUUUACAGCCUGGUACAAAAACUGUUGUUUCCUCCUUCAUGACACCUGUUUACAUAACUCACCUGUUUACAUAACUCACCUGUUUAUAUAACUCACCUGUUUACAUAACUCACCUGUUUACAUAACUCACCUGUUUAUAUAACUCACCUGUUUACAUUUUAUUAAUAUGUUUUAAUUAAUUAAUAUAUUUAUUAUUAUGUAGGGUUGAGGGCGUGGCCUCUUUGAGUGACAGGUCUGAGUCUCAGCUCCACACAGGCCCCUCCUCUUUGACCAUAUUUGGAUUGGCUGGGAUUUAGGGGCGGAGUCAGGCACUGCUAACAGCUGACUGUGCGUGGUGUCACAAAGGAGUCGUCCAUCUUUAUUUACAGUUAAUGUUCCCAACCUGUGGGCAGGGCCCCUGCUGGGCCGUGAAGGUGUUUCAAGAGGGCCGACAAAU